GAUAACUCAAGCAAAUUCUAAAUGCAUUCAUUUUGUACAAAAAUCUAGGAUAUCCAGGAUAUUUUGUUUUGCGGUAUUGUAAAACUCCAACGAUUCGGUUCGCUAUACAUUUGUGGAAUGUCAGAAACUCCAGUCUUAUCUUUUUGAGUUAUGCGUUUUAUGCAUAAUACACACUACGAACACAUAUUUGCACAAAAGAAAUGAAUUAAUUUAAUUUUCUAAGAAUGAUCAGUUCUUCGGUUAAAAUUAGUCGAGGAAUUUUCGAAAACUUGGCUCCUGUUUUCUACCUAAGCCGACUCAUGUGUCUUCAGCCGUUAAAAUCAGAAAAAGUCGAUUUUAGUUGCACAUUAAUCAAAUCGAAAACUUACAUCGUAUGCAGUUGUCUUAUUAAUAUGUUUGUUGGUAAGUAUACAUUAUAAUAUUAACUUGUAUCUCUCUAAAAAUAACACAAUUAUUUCAAAUCCUCUUCACUUCCCUACCUAUACGAUUACCUAAUAAAAAUGAAAAAGCACAACACGAAUACAUUUUAUCUCAGUCGUAAUCAUUACAUCAUGGCCAACCCUUCGGUUACUGUCAGUGAAGAAAUGUUUAAACCUUUUUUUCCAAUUCACAAUCUAAGUAGAGCGAUAUGUCUUCUGCCCUUAAAAUGGAAAAAGUCGGAUUUUAGCCACUGUAUUGCGAAAUCCUGGAUAUAUAUUGCUUAUAGUUAUUUCACUGGCAUUUUGAUCGUAACCACUGGCAUUUUUGGCCUCUUCCGAGCCUACCAACUGAACGUCAUCUACUCCGUCAAAUCCGGCAGUAGUACUGGAUUCUGGGUGAAAAUUAUUGACGUUACAGUCGUCAUGUCUAAUUUCACCGUUGGAGUUCUAGCUACAUCAUACAAAAUCAACACAUACCUGAAUUACUUCCGCCACUUGACUAAAGUUGACUAUUUGCUUCAAAAAAAGCUACCACGGAGUUUCUAUUACUUUGCAGUCACUGCUGCCACGGUUCUUAUCGUUUUGACAAUCUUCAUCUUCGAUUUGGUGAUAGGUCUAGAAAUAGGGUCCAAAAGCCAAAAUGUUUUUACACUUUUUGCGUAUUUUUUUCCUUUCUAUGUUGCUUAUUUCUCUAUUUUUGUAAUCGAACUGGUCUACUGGCAACUUGUUUAUUCAAUUAAGGUUAGACUAGUGGUGCUAAAUGAGAAUCUUCGGGAAAUAAAUUGUGGCAGAGGGGACAACUUCUGUGUAAGGAAUAACCGAAAAGCUAUAGGUAGUCUUGUGGAUACACUCAAAACUGACUUUAAUAAAGGAAGAUCAAUAAAAUCUACCCCGUUGGAGAAAUUUGUUGUUUUAAUGAAAGCUUAUGAGGGUUUGAGUGAUGCUGCAAGAACUGUGAACGACUUCUACGGUUUGGUAAUGGUAGUGGUUCUUCUUGGGUGUUUAGUCCACUUACUAGUAAGUCCAUACUCCCUUCGCAACGUUCUAAUGUUUGAACAAAGCAGUGCUACGUUUAUCGUUCCACAGUUCAUGUGGGUGGGUCUACACAUUUCGCGUUUAAUUUUGAUCAUCGAGCCUUGUCAUGGUUGUUUACAACAAGUAAAAGAAACAACGGCUCUUGUGUGUAAACUGAGACUUUCUGACACGGAUGAAGAGUUCAGGAGGACAAUGGAUUUCUUUCUGUCGUUUUUGUCGCAGUGCAAAAUCGAAUUUUCUGCCUUUGGUGUGACUACGUUUGGGAGAAAUCUGUUACCGGCGAUUGCAGGAGCUGCAACUACGUAUCUGGUAAUAUUGUUCCAGUUUCCUGAACGUUUCUAAACAUAGACUCAUUUUAAGACACGAAUUUGUACAAAUUGAUUUCUACAUUUUUAUAUGCAAUCUGCAUUAUUAAUUUCACUAAAUUUUUCUGAAUAAAUAUUUAAAAUGAA